GUUCUAGAGACGCUCUUCUCUCAGCUGAUGGUGACGUCGCGCGUGCGGAUUAGACCAGCACACGAGGCAAACAGGACUGACUGUCUGCUUGUCCUGUGGAGUGGACCGCUGAGGCACAACGGUACACUGCAGACAUAUUGUGUUGUUAGAGAGUAAUUGUGUCGGGGCGGUGGAGAGGAAGGAGAGAAGGCUGUCUGUGUGGCUGUCACGAAGAAGAGAGGGGGAGCGCGUUCCGGAGGCACCGCUAUAACAAAUAAUUCACUGUCGCGCGAAACCGGGGGACAGACGGCUGAGCUGCCAGUCAUUAGGCAGAACUGACGCGGGCGGUGUGGUGAGGAGUGACAGGAGGCAAAAUGGUGGAUUACUACAACAUCCUGGGAGUGUCCAAAACAGCGUCUCAGGACGACAUCAAGAAGGCGUACAGGAAACUGGCACUGAAAUGGCAUCCAGACAAAAAUCCAGACAACAAGGAGGAAGCAGAGAGAAAGUUCAAAGAACUAGCUGAGGCCUAUGAAGUCCUAUCUGACCAGAGCAAACGUGACGCAUAUGACAGAUAUGGAAAUGACAGAGUGCCACACCGAGGCUCCUCCAGCUCAGACUUUUCCUCAGAUUUCCCAGGGUUCACCUUCACAUUCCGCAGCCCAGAUGAAGUGUUCAGAGAGUUUUUUAGUGGGCAGGAUCCCUUCGCUAGCUUCUUUGAUGACUUCUCAUCCUUUGGAGGCUCAGCCUCUCGCCUUGGCCCCAGCCGGUUCUUUUCUAUCCCUUCAACCGGAGUUGAAUUCACCUCCUUCUCCUCUACCUUGGGUGGUCUGGAUGGGAUGGACAGCAUGGGCGGAGGGAUGGGCAGCUUCAAAUCAGUUUCUACCUCUACUCGCAUUAUAAAUGGCAAACGCACCACUACCAAGAAGAUAAAGGAGAACGGGCAGGAAAGAACCGAGAUUGAGGAGGAUGGGGUUUUAAAGAGUGUCCUAAUUAAUGGCGUGGAGGAUGAAAUGGCCCUCGCGCUGGAGCUGAGCCGGCGAGAUGGACAGCCCCGCCACUCGCCUCAGAAGCCACAAAUCCAAAACAGAUCACCUGUGGAGCCAGACAGACCCCGCCCCGGUCCUUACUCUGCUGCCACACAUCGGUCCUUUAGCUCCGCCCCUUUCUACCAUUACGGUGUUGCGGGAGGCAGCGAGGAGGACGAAGAUGAUGAAGACAUGCAGAUGGCUUUGGCAUGCAGCCUGUCAGAAAUGGAAGCCCAGCAGAGAGCAGCUGCUACAGACUUCAUAUCAGGUGCUGGGGGUGGGGGCAGAACAAAAACUGGUGGCCUUAAAGGAGGUAGAGUUGUUAAGACUGUACAUUUACAUGAGGCUGGUAGUGAAAAGAUUCUUGCAGUGGAGGAAGAUGAAGAGGGGGAGUUUAAAAUUGGCUCAGGGCCUGGAGGUGGGUGGGAAAAUGAGGGAAAGGGAAGCAGGGAACCAGGCUUCUCUCCUGAGUCAUCCACAACUGCCAACACUAUGCCACUAAGCCAAUGCAGUGAAGAAGAGUUUGAACCUGCCAUAAAAAAAAGUGAUAGCAGUGUGAAAAAGAAAAAGAAGUGCAGGUGUAUUGUGUGCUAAUAAAGUGUGUGUGUGUGCGUUGUAUUUGGGAUGCCUUAUUCUUUACACUUACCUAAGUGUUGAGCCUACAGCCAGACUCUCAUGUAACGUGAUUGCCAGACUCUUAGGCCCCAUCCACACUACUACAUUUUAGCUACAUUUGCACCCCCUGUCCAGACUAAAAAGGAGAAAACAAAGACCCAAAACGGAGAAGUUUGAAAACCCUGCUGACCCCGUUUUUCGUUGUGAAAAUCCAGAGGAUGUUUCAGUGAAGACAGGCAAAAACGGAGGACUUUAGAAACAAUGAUGCAGACGCUCACGCUUGGUUUUCUGAUUGGGUCAUCCAAGUCAUGCAAAGCAGAUACACAGUGCUACUGACAGAGUUUUUGACUUGGUAUUUUUAUUAAAAUCUUCUGAACCGUACAAAUAACACUUACCUCCUUACACUUGUUCUGUGCAUAUCGCUGUUUACUUUGCGAUGACUCCCAGGCUGUUUUCCGCCACCACGCUCCCAUGUUACAUUCAGUAACAGUCCCAGCUCUUAUUGGUCCAUGCAAAAAAAAAAUCUGGUCUGGUUCUUCACCUGCAUUACUUUAUUAUUUCGCCAAAUCUUCUGUAACUACAGAAUAGACCAUCUGCUUCAUGUUUACACCCGGCAUGCGCAUGCCAAGUGUAUGUGAACGGCCACUAGAUGUGCGUUUUCAGUCGUUUUAAUGUAGGCGGAGAUCAGCACUAAAAUGCAGAGAUUGUAUUUGUUUUAAUUCUCCAUUUUUAAACUUAAAAAGUGUAGUGUGGAUGGGGCCUUAAUUUGAGGUAGUGCCUCAACUGAUCACAAGGCUUUUAUGUAGCUUCAACACCUCUAAAAGAGACAAUGAGGCAACUUUGACAGGGUUUGUGUUGUCUUGCUGGUUUUCUUUGUUGAAUGCCAUCCCAGACAUUUCCAUACAGUUAACCUAUAGGGCUAAAAGUUCAAAUUGUUCAGUUUUUUAGGUAUGUGAAGCAAUACGGAGGAUUGUUUCUGAAUAUAUGUGAAUUUGCCAAAUAUUUACAUAGACUGAAAAGAGUGGAAGUAAAAGGGAUUUAGAUGUGGUAAGGUUGGUAGUUCUUUAAAUCCUAGUAAAGGUUUGUGUGUUGUGUGUGCAUGUUUUUCUGUGUGUUUGGGUCAUUUGAAACCCUGCCAUAGAAUUUUCUCAUCCUGACUCUCUGGCAAAGGGAAUGUGUGAGAACUGUGUCCCACUCAGCGCCGUCUGAAACAAUAGGUCAGGAUCUAAAGAAGGGCACAGAACUUUCUCAGCAUGACAUAAACACUAGUUUGAUUAAAAAAGACCUCUGUUUACUGGUCAGCUGAUACUAAUUUCUAGAAUAGGUGGAGAAACGCAGUUGAAGCAUACACUCACGCACUUUGCUAAAACAAAUACUUUGCAACUACUCACAGGCUUCCCAGUCAGAAUUGUAUAUACAGCUUGCAGCUUUUACACUGUUGCAGUUACAAUAGUGAUGAGCUCAUGUAUCAUUAAAUCUCUCAGUCUUGGCCUUGUUGACUUACUAAAUAUCAUAACCAUAUUUGGUCAGAUUGUUGAUGGGGGUGGUUUGGGGGGCCGUACAGAAGUUGGAAGGCAAAGCACAGUCUAGAGUGUGUACAGCUUUAUGACUGACUGUAAACCACAGUUACAACUUUUAGAAUAAUAUUUUAUUCUGAUCCUUUUGGUGCCUUUGCAUGCUUUAACUACUUUAUGAUGUGUUACAUUACCACUGAAAAUGUUCAAAGUCAGAAAAAAACAAAUGUAUUUCAAGCAGAGCAAAUGUAUUUUAUCUUUGAAUGGGGUUUUGCUGGUUUUAGAUGAUCUUUUUUUUUUCUUUUCAGCUUGCCACAAUUUAACUGCAUUGUGAUGGUUGUGCGAAUGUUUAAAAAUAUAGAGCUUCAUCACUAAAUCAGUGCUAGGUUUGAUUUCCCUUGGACUGGUUUGAACUGUUGGAGAUACUGUUGGACUAUAGCUGCAUUCUCAUUUUGGAAACAUCUUUUAAUUAAGUUCCCCUGCUUGCCCAAAAUGGCACAGACAGUAAUCUAUAACCUCCCUCCACCCGCAGUGAUUUUCUUCAGCCCCAAGAUUGCCUUAAUAGUUCAAAUAAAUCUAAAAACCCUGCAAAAAUGAAGAACACAUCUUGAGUUGAGAAUAAAUAAUAAUAGUCUGUGUUUUGGUUUAAAAUUGUGAUACAUACAUGCAGUUUACAGUUAUUAAUUUAUCAAUUUCCGCAAUGUCUUAUUUAAACCACAACAAUAUACGUGUUUGUUGGGAUACACAUUCCCACCUUUGCAUCAGAGCAAGACAUACUUUCAAUAGACAUCCAAAUAACAAUGUAGUUGGUAGAUGUAUGUGCACAGUCUUGGAAAGUGAAAAACAAUCCACAGACUGUGACUGCUGCUGUGGGUGUGUCAUGUGGACAGAGAGAGAGAAAAAAGAUUAUUGAGUUAUUUCCAUGUUGCUGCUGAAUGAAGCCCAAAGUUGCCUGAUUCCAAGGCUCUAAUGAAAUGCAAUCAGGCCAACCCAACCUGUGAACUACAAUACGAAAUAUACACACACACACACACACACACACACACACAGUAUCUUCAUAGAUAAAUAAUUACUAGUACCAGUAAUAUGGUAAAAAAUGAGAGAACAAUAGGUUUGUUAUUUGGUUAUAUAUUUUUCAUGAUUUCAUUUAUUGUAUGAUUCUUUCACUCUAAAGGAUAACUCAUCACUGGAAAAGAUAAAGAACAGCAGUGAGAAUAUGUCAUCAGUCACAGCAAAUUUUUAAAAUAAUUUUGACUCCAAACUGUCACUGCGUGUAGAGCUGGAUUGAGAGAGUAAGAGGCAGGUGGCUUCUCUUAUAAAUACACAGUAUGUCUACCUGUAAUGUUUGUGCUACUUUGUGCUGCCGUGUGUUUUUUUUAUUUUUAUUUUCAGAUUGUUAAAAGGGAAAUAACAAAUAAAGACUGAGUCGAAGAAGA